CUUUUAGAAUAGUAGUUUUAUUAUGUCACUUGUUACAUACCGUCGUUAUUUCGUUUGGCUCUAUUCUCAUUAACUAAUGUCAAUGUCAUUUUCGGCAACAUAGCUGUUACUAUCUCUACUCUUUUCAUUUGCGAAGCGUGAUCCUGUAGCAUUCAACUCCCUAAUAAUAUUGAUUCACUAAUAACUGCUUCUAAACAUUCAUCGCUCUUUCACACUUCAUUUUUUCACGAUGGAGCCUUUGCUCAGAGGCGAAAACAGUGGCCCCAGAAACCGUUCCAAAAGAAUAUUCCGCCGCACCGAUGCUUUCACCUACGGCUCCAAUUACGAAAAAGCCGCCGCACUCGUCGAUCUGGCUGAAGAUGGUGUUGGUAUACCCGAGCAAAUUCUGGACUCAUCAAGCUUUCAAAGUUAUGCAAGAUAUUAUUUUAUGUUUACUAAAUGCAACCUCAUCUGGUCUCUUAGUUAUUUUGCUUUGAUAGUCCUGAAUUUCCUGGAGAAACCUCUAUGGUGUGAAAAGAAUACCCUACAUUCUUGCAAAGAUAGGGAAUAUUUCUUUUUGGGGGAGUUGCCAUAUCUAACUGCCGCAGAGUGUCUUAUUUAUGAGGGAAUAGUCCUUAUUUUGCUAAUCAUUCAUACCCUCUGGCCAUUAUCAUACGAAGGAUCCCAAAUAUAUUGGAAAAAUGCUAUUAAUCUAUUAAAGGCGUUCUGUCUGUUAGUAAUCAUUGCUGAUAUGCUGGUUUAUGCUCUGUAUAUGUCUCCAUUGGCUUUUGAUUAUCUACCUUUCAGAAUUGCACCUUAUGUCAGAGUUAUUCUUUUCGUUCUGAAUAUAAGGGAGCUACGAGAAACCAUCAUCAUCUUGGUUGGAAUGCUUGAUACAUACUUAAAUAUCUUGGCUUUGGGGCUUCUGUUUCUUGUUUUUGCAAGUUGGGUGGCUUAUGUGAUUUUUGAAGAUACAAUACAGGGGAAAACAGUGUUCACUUCCUAUAGUGCUACGUUAUAUCAGAUGUUUCUUUUAUUUGCCACAGCCAAUAACCCAGAUGUUUGGGUUCCUGCAUACAAGUCUUCGCGAUGGCAUUGCUUGUUUUUCAUUCUGUUUGUGCUGGUGGGAGUCUACUUUGUUACAAACUUGAUCCUUGCCGUUGUUUACGAUAGUUUCAAGAGUGAGCUUGUAAAACGAGUUUCUGAGAUGGAUCGUAUGAGAAUAACUAUGUUGGAGAAAGCUUUUAAACUCCUAGAUACACAUAAUGUUGGAUGUCUCAACAAAGAUCAAUGCAUUGGGCUCUUCGAGGAAGUGAACAAGUACAGGACUUUGCCAAAAAUCUCCAAGGAAGAAUUUGAGUUGAUAUUUGAUGAGCUGGAUGACACUCAUGAUGUAAAGAUCAACAAGGAUGAAUUUGCUGAUAUUUGCAAUGCCAUUGCUUUAAAAUUCCAGAAGGAGGAUGCGCUUUCUUACUUUGACUAUUUAGAAUUCUACCAUUCACCCACCUCAAAGAGAUUGAAAGUCUUCGUAAAGAGCCCUAUGUUUGGAUACAUAGUGUCCUUUGUACUCAUAGUGAAUCUGGUUGCUGUAAUCAUUGAGACAACGCUUGAUAUAGAAAACAACUCUGGUCAAAAGGUGUGGCAAGUGGUCGAGUUUGUUUUUGGGUGGAUAUAUGUACUUGAAAUGAUUCUAAAGGUUUAUUCAUAUGGAUUCGAAAAUUAUUGGCGGGAUGGUCAAAAUCGCUUUGAUUUUGUAAUCACGGUGAUAAUUGUUAUUGGAGAAACUAUAACUUUUGCUUUACCUGAUGAUCGUGUACCAUUUAUCUCAAAUGGGGAAUGGAUUCGUUACCUCCUUCUUGCAAGAAUGUUGAGAUUGAUAAGACUUCUAAUGCAUGUCAAGCGAUUCCGAGGUUUUGUGGCAACUUUCUUAUCUCUUAUACCGAGUUUGAUGCCAUACCUCGGGACCAUAUUUUGCGUCUUGUGUAUUUAUUGCUCAAUUGGUGUCCAGAUUUUUGGUGGACUAGUUAAUGCUGGAAACCCAGAUUUGGAAGCAACAGACCUUGCUGUUAAUGACUAUUUACUUUUUAAUUUCAAUGAUUAUCCAAAUGGAAUGGUGACACUAUUCAAUUUGCUAGUCUCAGAGAUCUGGGAAGAAUUGAUGGAGAGCUACAAGGAUUUAACUGGAACUUCUUGGACCUAUGUGUACUUCAUUAGCUUCUACUUAAUUACUGUUUUGCUGCUUUUGAAUUUGAUUGUUGCUUUUGUCUUGGAGGCAUUCUUUGCUGAAAUGGAGGUGGAGUCAUCAGAAACUUGUGAUGGAAAUGACAAGGAAAUUGAAGGAGAUAGAUAUCGGGGGCGGCGAUCUAUUGGAACAAAAUCACGAAGCCAGAGGGUUGCUGUUCUUCUUCAUCAUAUGCUGAGUGCUGAGCUGAGUCAAAAUCAACCUUCCAAUACAUAAAUCUGAGUAUAUCUUUUUCAAGAUACAUGUCCCCAUUGUUUCUUCAUUUUAUGCCAAGAAUCCUUUGAUUUUGUUGUGUUUCCUUGUAUUAGUUCAGGCUGUAUGCCAAUGCCUAUGGAGUGGCUUAUAUAAAUGUGAGUCUGUACUUUUUAUGGUUAUAGGAUGCACAAAAGAGCCACUUUAUGCUGUAAAGUUUGUAAAGAUCUUUCAUGUGCUGUACCUCCCGUGUUGUUAUGCUAUUUGAUUGACUCAUUAUGUAACGAGGGAAAGCAAUUCCAAUAACUCCAGUAAUCUGUGGGUCAGGUCAAACGUGAUUUUUGCGUUCUUAUUUGUGGAAAAAGCACGCAAUCAAACGCAUUGAUGAGCUUGUGUUGAAUGAGAAUAAAUCACAAGUAGCAGGAUGUUAUUUUUUUCCCACGAGGCUAGUAGGUGUUUUCUGAUUGGUGUGCUGUAAUGGCAAUUGGCAACCUUUUAUUUAUUUUAUUCUUUGUAAUCCUUCCUGAAUUUGAUAUUCUGUAUUUGAUAUUCUGUAUUUGAAAUACCAAUACAAUUUGGUGGGGGUGCAUACUGUUAGUAGUUCACUUUUC